GUUUAUGUCACCCAGCAAAUGAAACAGAUAAAGGAAAAAUCUACGGAGUUUUGCCUUGCGUAGCUACCGAAGUAUUGCGAGCAAGGCGGAAGUGUGGUGAAGAUUCAACUAGACAAAGGCCUUUUGAUGGUCAUUCUUUUGAUCUAGACCUUUCAUUUAAUAUAUACAGAGGGUUGAGACUAGUGAGACCCGAGUAUUAUUUUGAAUUAACAGGAGGGAACGUACCCAAUCCAAAAUAA